CGUCAAACGACACACUCUCUCUCGCUCUCGCUCUCAGUUAUCUAACGCCGUUACUAAAUCUGCGUUUUGGUUUCUUCUCCGUUCGAAUUUCGAAAGAUCGGUGUUUAUGGUGCCGUUGUGUUGGCAUCUUCUUUUGACUUGAGAUAACAUCAAUGAAGAAGUUCUUCUUCUUUAGAUCUUCGUCUGGUAAUGCUGAGAAAACAGCGGAUAGCAAGAUGAGAACCCAAGCUAGUAAUCAGACUGAACAAGAGUUCGAUAGUGCUAACUCACAAGGCGAGGCUUCCGGUGGUCCAGCUCUUAGACGAAGCCUUUCCUUGUCCUCAGCAGGUUUCACUUUUGAUAAGUUUGGAGAAUCUUCCACCAAUGAGCUAAGCCGGGAUAGGCGGCGGAAUCAUUCAUCUCGAUGUUUCACUCCAGAAAGACAAGUUAGAGAGAGGCAGUUUGAAGUCCAACAAGAUUCAUCUGGGAGUUCGUCUACAUGUUCUAGUAAUCUCUCUAGUAAAGUUCUGGACCGUUAUAUUGAUGGAGAAGAGCAUUUAGAACAGUGCAAGCAAAAGAGUACUUCUUCACGCAGUGAUGUCUCUAGCAGCAUUAACCGAAGGAGGCUUCCACCCCGAGUCCACUGUACAUCUCCAUCAAACAAUCUCAGUGACAAAAGGAAGUCACAUUCGUUUAGGGAAGCUAAAGGCACCCGCCAUCGUUUAGCUUCCACUGACCGUGUGGAGAAUGGAUCGAGGCAUGGAUCGCCUCGUUCGCUUGCAAGAAAUGUCAUUGAAAGACUCUCUGAGACUCAUGGCAAGUCAAAUCAUGAACCCAUCACUAUUCAAGAUGUCUACGGUGGAUCCCGUGAUAGAACUUUUGACUCAAGCUCAGAUGUCACUGCUCAACGUUAUGAAGCUGUGAAGGAAUAUCAUGCGCAUGGCUAUGGAAAGCAUCAGCAAAAUCAUAUUGACUCAGAGCUGGAAAUGAAAAUUAAAGAAGCUGAGAAGAGAGUGACACUGUUCUCUGAAGAAAUGGAGCAGCAGAGAUGCCUUUCUGACUGUGAUUUUGAUGUCUCAUCUUUGGUUGGGGCGAUUAGAAAUCUCGAAGAUGAGAGGCUCAAGUUGGCAUUUGAGAAUGUAAAUCUUUUGCGCUCACAAAUGACUGAGAGAGCUUCUGCCAGGGAAGAAAUGAGAGUGGUGAAGUCAGAUUGGGACUUGAAUAUACAGAGAAUAGAGAGAGAGAGGAGCGAGUUGCAGGCUGGAUUGGAGAAAGAGCUUGAUAGAAGGUCAGGCGAGUGGACUUCAAAGCUUGAGAAAUUCCAGCUUGAAGAGAGGAAGAUGCUGGAGCGUGUCAGAGAGCUCGCUGAGCAGAAUGUCUCGCUUCAGAGAGAGCUAUCGUCUUUCCAUGAAAACGAGACGGAGAGCAAAGGCAUGAUCACACAUUUGGAGAGAAGAGUUGCAGAGCUGACCACGGCAGCAGAUGAGUUGCAUGAUGAGAACUCGUAUCUCAAGCAAACUCUCUCCCAGAUAAAAGAGAGCUACGCAGGCGCUACAGAAGAUAUUGAUUUUUUAAGAAGGAACUUUGAAGAGAAGGAUCAAGAAUGCAAGGAGUUGCACAAAUCUGUUGCGAAGUUUCUGAGAACCUGCAAAGAACAAGAGAAGACAAUCGAGGGGCUUCGAGAUGGGGUUUCCGAGGAGAGUAAGAAGCAACCGUCAGAGAAACUGGACCAACUGGUGAAGAAGUUGCAGGUGGAGCAGAUAAGGUUGACAGGGAUCGAGCUUUCACUUAGAAAGGAAGUUGAAUCAAUGAAGCUUGAAACUGACUCUCUUCGCCAGGAGAAUAUCUGUCUGCUGAAUCGAUUGAAAGGAAACGGCGAAGAGACAGACAUUACAACGCUUAAGCUAGAGAAUGAGUUGAAGAUGCGUAUCUGCUACUUGCAAGACCAAGGGCUUCCAAUGUUAAAUGAGAGCAACCACUUGUGCUACAAGUUACUGAAGUUCAUCAAAGGGAAGCUAAAUCAGUUUACUGAAACCUGCCAGGAUACAAGUUCGAUGAAGGAUGGGUUAAGCGAGCAGUUUAUGAUUGAAUCUGAAAUGAAAGUCCAUGGAAUAAGGCGUGGAACUGAAAACCUGAAGAUUAGUUUGCAAACAGUAGCCAGUGUGGUGGCUUUAAAUUCAGAAUCAUCUUGUUCAAGUACUGGUAGGCCCAAGGAACAAAGAAACCAAACAGUUGAAGAAAACCUUCGAGCAGAACUAAGAGCUGAGACCCUAAUCACAAGUUUAUUACGGGAGAAACUGUAUUCCAAGGAACAAGAAACUGAACAGCUGCAAGCCGAAGUAGCAGCAGCAGUACGAGGCAAUGAGAUUCUGAGAUGUGAGGUUCAAAACACUUUAGACAACCUAUCAGUGAAGACUCACGAACUGAAAGACCUCAAGCUCCAGAUGUUGAAGAAAGAAGAAAACAUAAACCGGCUCGAGUUAAAUCUCCAGGAAGCUGUGAAAGACAUAACAAGCUUGAAAUCAGUGUUACCAAAAGUGACUGAUGAAAGAGACCAGAUAUGGAGAGAGUUGAGACAAAGCUGUGAGAAGAACAUGCUGUUGAGCUCAGAGAACGAGACGUUGAGAGGUACUAUAGAUAGAUUGGAGGAGAAAGUGUUAGAGAAAGAAGGGGAGAUCACAAUACUACAAGACACAAUCGGAAGCAAGCAUGUCAACAUCUUCUCAAGUCCUGAUUUCAAGUAUUAAGAAGAGUGUUUUCUGUUGAGUCGUCUGGGAUUUGUUUUUUGUUUUCUUUACACCUGCAUCAUCAUUUUCGAUGAUGAUUAGUCAUUCUUUCGGGUUUAUAGAUAUGAUUUGUUCAUCUUUUUUUUUUGCUUUUGCUUUUGGAUUUGCUUAUCACAAAGAUACAUGAAACGAAGCCACUGAGAUAUUAUAUCAAAGAUUUGUUUUUAUA